GUCAGUGCAUUUCCAGAGAGUCAGUUGUUAAACAUUUAUCAGCACAUCCUUUUGUUAGUCUGAAGCUUAUGGGCCCCAUUCUCAGAAUAUAUUUUUAAAUGCCUAAAAUAAAACAAACAAGAUUACAAUGGAAAUCAAUUAUGUUGAAAUUCAGUUAGCAAAAUAAAUGAGCAAACAAAUUUACAGGGCCCAGGUUAAGAGCUCCCUGAUUUAAAAGAAAGAGAAAGUACUAACAACUGAAGAGAAUCAGGAAAGGCUUUGUUUAAUAAGAGGAGUAGCAGUUGUGCUGAGGCUUGAAAGAUCGAUUUUCUGGAAAAUAAGCAUGUGUUUUAAGGGAUAUAACUUGAAAAGAUAGAUGGAAACCAUAGACCUUUAAAUAAUAGAAUAAGAAUUUUGUAUUUUAUUCUAGAGGUAGUAGGGAGCCACAGAAGUUUUGGGCAGUGUUGUGACAGAUUAGUGUUUUAGGUAUGUUAAUUUGGUAGCUGUGUGGAAAGAUGAAUUAGAGAAGGGAUAAACUAGAAGCCAGUAAAAAGCCUAUUGUAGCAUUUUAGGUGGAGAGAGAUGUGGAUGUGAAUUAGGAUAUGAGCCAUUUCAAAGGAGAGAAGGGGACAAAUGUGAGACAUGUUGUGGAAGUAAAAAUCAAAAAGACUUGUUUGCUGAUUGCAUGUGGGUAGUGAGAAAGAGGGAAAAUUUAAGAUGACUGAAGUUAGAAAUCUAGUUGAUGUCACCUCAGUAGAAGUGGCAAAGUUAAUUUCAUUGUUGGAGAUCUUCAGUGGAAGGCUGGAUGGCUCCUUGUUGAAGAAUGUUGUAGAAGAGAUUUAAGUUUCAAGUGAAGGUCAAGCCAGGUGACUUUCAAAGCUCCUUCUCACUUCAAGAUUCUAUGGUUUUGUGAAAUGUUUGUUUUGGAAGUUGAGAGAAAUUAAUGCAGGUCUAGUGCCAACCAGGCUUCUCAGAAUAGUAUAUGAUUGGCUUAGCUAUUCGACCAGUAAUAUGUUAUGACUGACUCAGUGGCUAAAAGCAAGCAUACAUAGAGUGGUGGAAGAAUCUUCUUUACUGAUUCAAAUGAAAUCUUUUGUUUGUUUUUAAUUCCUCAAAAGUAGGGGCCCAACGUUGUUUCCAAGCUUGUUUGAAAAAACUUUGUACAGCAUUGAUAAUAAUAUUAAUAAUGAUACCAUAGCUUAAAUGCAUAAUUCUGCCAUUAAAUAAAUUUGAGGACAACUUUUAUAGAUGGUUAGUAAUUAUAACAUUGUUGAAAUUCAAUUCAGUUCUAUUCUACAAGUGUUUAUUUACUGUUUACUCUGUAGUAGGUACUUUGUUAGGUUCUGGAAGGUCAAACAAAAAUGAAAUGGUCCUUGCCUUUAGGGAACUUGUAUUUUCCAUAAGAAGUAUCAAAUAUGUCUUGGGCAGCACUCACAACAAUCCUGAGUGUGCAGGAAUCAGAUUAAAAUGUAAUUGGAAAAUAUUUAACAAAAUAAGUUAAAAUACAAUAAAACAUGUAUAAUAUUUCAUUGUAAAACUAAGCCAAGAUGCCACCCACUGAGAACCAUAUGUAUGGUUUAGAGGCUGCCGUUUUUAUUUUAGUUUGAAACCACUGUUCAACAUGCAUAUAUUCCAAUGUCUUAUGUUUGAGUAUUCACACUAAGGGGAAUACAAAAGAUGUUUUCUCAUAUUGUGAAGAGGAUAGAAAGGGUGAAGAAGACUUUUACCAAAUCCCAAAUUACCAGAAGCAUUGAUCUAAAGGAUGAUCCAGACAAAACAACAAUAGAUUUCAAAAGACUGUCACCGAAUUUCUGAAUGACAGAUCCAUGUUAUGGAGCUAAAAUCCGUGCACCCCAUGCUCUGGUCAUGACAUUUCUCUUCAGAAGCGGAAGCCUAAAGGAGAAGCUGAAGGCAAUCGUUCAGGCCACAUACACGCAUUCCCGAAAUCUGGCUUAUUUUGUUUUUACCUACAAGGGCUUGUGCGCCUUGCAGUCCCGGAUCCAGGGACAGACCUUCCAGUUUCAUUCCUUCCUGGCAGCCUGUAUUGGUGGCUGGUUGGUUUUUGGAGAAAAUAAUAACAUCAACAGCCAGAUUAACAUGUACCUGCUGUCUCGAACUCUGUUUGGACUGGCCCGGCUAGCUGUGGAGAAAGGCUUUCUCCCGGAGCCCAAGCAGGACCCUUUCCCCUUGUUUUCCUCUAUCAUCUGGGGCCUCAUCCUUUGGCUCUUUGAGUACCACAGACACACACUGCAGCCCUCCCUGCAGUCCUCCAUGACCUACCUCUAUGAUGACAGCAACGUCUGGCACGACAUCACAGACUUCCUUAUCUAUAAUAAAAGCCACUCUGGGAAAUAAGCUGCAGGGUUUGGCAAAGUGGGUAAUGGGGGGCCCUGGGAUUGGGGUCAGAGACAGCGACUGGGGUGUUGUCUUCAAUGUAAACCUAAAGGGUUUUCAGAUUGGUUUUUGCCGUCCCCUGAAUGGAUUUCUUGGUAAUUUUUCAAACAAACACUAUGCAACCUACUGCCAUUUUUUUCUAUUAGGUUUUUGUUUUGUUUUUUUUGUCAACAUAAAUUUCCAAUAGAGAUGAGUGAUGACUUAUUUUAUUCUUUAAGGUUCAUUCAUGUUUAAUUUCAUUGGUAACAAGGCCUCUAACCUAUUUUACAAAGAACUAUUUUUUUUAAAAUCAAGGUACUUAUUAUGUAAUGACAGGAAGCUACUUAGACCAUCAGUGGAAUAUAAAUCUUUUUCAUAAAAAGAAACAAAAACAAAACGCAACUCUGUUCAAAGGUAAUUAUGUAUAGAAGACAGAUCUUAACAUUACUUCAGAUGAUUUUACUAUAGAAAUACAGACUUGAAAGGGGUCUUAGAAGCUCCUAGUCCAGUGUCCCAUUAGAAUCUCCUUCAUAGCCUCCCUGGCUCACAAGUUGAUUCUCCAAACGUCUCUUCUGUGCAGUUUUUUUUUCC